CCCACUGACACAAGAAAUCAAUUAUCAAACUUCUUUUUUUUUAUCCAAGACUAUCUAUUUGUCAACAAGUUUCUUCUUUCACACCUUUGUUAAUUUUCUACUCUGUUUUUUUUAUCGCUAUUACAAAUUUAAAAUGGCUUUUUAAGAGUGAGCAUGAGAGUAUGUGAAGAAUUUGUGGUUUCAAACGCCGCAGUGAUCGAACUGCAGAUAACCAGCUCCGGCUUGUGCGCUCAGAUGGGCGUCGCCUAACGUGUGACGUCACGCCGCAGCCUCCUGUAAUCCGGGGCCAUUCAUGCCCGCUCGUGUUACAGUGCGGUGCGCCUCGCCCCCUUCGACCGCACACCUUCAGGACUGCACUUCUUCCAGAGAGAGAGAGAGUAAGAGAGAGGGAGGGAGAGGAGGGAAAAGAAAAAGGAAAACCCGGAUAAACUUUCUCUUAUCCCCAACAAACCCAGGAGCCGUUGACAGUGGGAACUACGGGGAGCCUCGCGAGCAGCAGGUGAGGUUCGCCAUCAAGUUUCACGGAAUGGCUCUAUGUAACUACUUAAAGACUCCUUUUUGAGGACAAAUUGAAAAUCAAAGAUGAACAGCAAUCUUUCAGAAGCAGACUUAUGCCACAACAAGACCUACAUCAACACCUCUGAAAGCCCGGUAAUCAGCGGCGUCAUGUUCGCUAUGGGGAUCUUUGGCAAUGUUGCCGCUCUGGUGAUCCUGGAAUUCCGACGACGCAGGAACCUGCGGGCCGAAGGCUCACGGCGCGGUGCGUUGUUUCAUGUCCUCAUCACAUCUCUGGUGAUCACAGACUUGGCAGGGACCUGCUUGAUCAGCCCAAUUGUGCAGAUCUCCUACGCACUCAACACGACUCUGGUGGGGAUGUUUGACCCUCCCACCUUGUGCAGUUACUUUGGUGUCAGCAUGACUUUUUUUAGCCUUGCCACCAUGUCACUCCUAUUAACCAUGGCACUAGAGAGGUGCUUUGCCAUCGGGUACCCCUACCUGUACAGCCAACACGUCACCAAAAAAUGUGCUUAUGUCACAAUUCCAUUGUUAUUGCUUUUCUGUGUGUUAUUCUGCUUGCUUCCUUUUGCUGGAUUUGGUCAGUACGUCCAAUACUGUCCUGGCACGUGGUGCUUCAUUGACAUGAACCCACACAAAACAGAAGACAGAGUUUAUGCGAACUUGUAUGCCACUGUCAUGCUGGUGCUAGUCCUCACCAUUGUCAUGUGCAAUGGAUUUGUGGUCUACCAGCUGUUUAAGAUGUACCAGCGUAGGAAGAGACACGGCUCAAUGAUGGCAACUACGAGAACCAACAGCGAGCGAAGGGCUCUGUCUAUGGCCGAGGAGGUGGAGCAUCUGAUCCUGCUGGUCUUCAUGACCAUCAUUUUCAUCAUCUGCACGCUACCCCUGGUGAUCAGAGUUUACCUCAACUCGAUAGGAAAUCGCAAAGAGUCUCACCACACGGACCUGAUUGCCCUCCGCUUCAUCUCCAUUAACUCCAUCAUAGAUCCUUGGGUCUUCAUCCUGCUCUCCCCCAGCGUGCUGCACUUUUUCUGGUUCUCAUGCUGCCAACCCCACCUGAGGACCUUCAGGGGCUCUGUGUGUAAAUCAUCUCUGGCUAGAGAGACUUCUCCAAACGUUGAGCUGACUCGGCCUACGCUGUACACAGAGCAUUUCCCCCCUGAGCAAUGUGUGUGAUGGCUGCAGCGUUCUGCUGUUAUUUGAUGUUUCUAUUUAUUGGACACGCAAUCGGAACGUAAGCACUUAUAUGGGAUCUCAUGAAAAGCGAGGUUUCGGAUGGCCAAAACAUCCAAGCCGAUGGACCAAGCUGGGCAUGUUUCAGUUUUCUGAGUUUCCUUUCGAUAGCGGCCGUCGUCGUUUGAAAGAGGAGACCCGGCAAACAGCAGCUCCACCAUCUUUUCACAUUUCAACCAAGUUCAUGUGAUUUGAAUGCACGCUGACUUUUCUGGAUCCUUUUGUCCUUGAUAAAAAAGUUCAAUAUUUUUACCUCAGUUGCUGCUAUGACUAAAUGUCAGUUAAUGGGAAAAAGUUAUUUUGUAUAUUAUUUAUAUAUUUUUAUGGUAGAAGGCAAAGGUAUUUUUUAAAAAGAUGACGGUGUUCAGGGGUGUUUGUUUCCACACUAUGGUAAGAAACAAAAAGCUUAAUAAGGGGAGAGAUAACUGUCUAUAUCAAUUCACAAGAAAAAUAGCAGUGUUAGAGAAAAUUGUUUUCUAGAGCUAUGUGAGUCAUCAUAAAUAAUUUCCCUCAGUAACCAGCACUCUAAUUAUAAAGGAAGCCUGGAAUCCCUGUAAGGCAUAAAGAAAUGAGAAGUGGAGACCUAGAAGGAUACUUGGAUGCGAUCCAGGUUUGCUGUUAAAAUAAAACGGAACAAUUUCAGGCCAAAGGAAAUUAGCGAGAUGCAUUUUAAUUCCAUUUACUUUACUGUGGUAUAUCAGUAAGGAAGGAGGAGUUUCGACUUGUUAAAAUGCUUAGUUGGCGCUCUCCAGAGGUCACAGUUGUUUUUUCCUGAGACGGUUUCAUCUUUGGGCCCUCGAAGCUCUGGCUUUUAACCUCCCUCGUGCCUGUUGGGAAAGGUCACGCAAUAAAAACUCUGAAGCGGUAUUUCACUCCGGGCGUAAGUCAUAAACACAGUAUAGAAAAGCCUUUGUGAUGCUGGUACAAGUAAUAUUUUGUGUUUAUUUCACAUUUUCAGAAUGUAUCCUGGAGGAAACUUUCCUCAUCAGAUUGUAACCAUGGUUAAGUGUUGAAGUCGUUUUCGCCCAAAUGCUGAUGUGUCCCGCAGCAAUGUCCUGAUUAUAUUAAUAGGCCCCAGCCCAAAACCAACUAUUCCUCUUGGCCCCGAGGCGUCUGUUUUGCAGAUAAAAUGGUUAUUUUCUUUUAGGAAUGAAACAGUAUUGUAAGACUGCAGUUGACCUAGAUGGAAAAAAAAAAGAAUCUAAUGAAUUAAGAUAACUACAUGACUAUUUUCAAUCUUUAUCACUGAAUUGGAGAAGCAAGGGCAAGUUUCAGGGACGUGAGCCGGACAGGCAGCCUGAAUUGCUUCUCAUGGUAGGCCCGGCACCUCCCAUGGCAGCUCCAUCCGCUGCUGUCUGUGUGUUUUGAGUGUAAAACGUAAAACGCGUAGCACGGUGAAGGACCAUAAACAGCCAUUCAGCACGAGCAGAGCGAUGCUCUUCCAUAACAUGGCUACAGUUGUAAUACUCGCAAAAUGAAAGAGCACUGACACUAACGUAACGUGUAACCUGCGUGUUCGUUGUUGGCGUUUUGGCCUGCUUUUAAUCUUGUGUGCUCAAUGAAUAAGCUGUAUACUGCCGCUUUAGAUCAAAGCAGACACGGGGUCAUUUUAGAGACUAACAGCUACUUAACCUUCAAUUACUGACAGUUAACGACUGCAGCUCUUUUUUAAAAAAAAGGAGCUUGUUUUGAGCUGGCGUCUCUUCUAAAAGAAAGAACUCCCCAUCACUGUUUUCACCCUCUGGCCGCUUGAAAGUUAUGAGGAAAGACUAAGGAAGGACUGAUUAACAGAGAGGCGCAUUCAUUUUUACGAGGAAACAUUUGAAACAUUACAGUUUUAAGACGUUUGUUUCCAAAGUUUUAUUGAAAUUGUGAGGGUAAGGGGGGAGAAAAAGGUACAUUUCAAAUUUCCACUUUAAACCCAGUGGAAA